AUGUCGGCGAUAACCGCCGAUAACCUGGAGAAAGGUACCAACGAAAACGAGGAUGAAGAGGCAGAUGAAAUCGGCAGACUGGACCUUCAUAGGCCAUCCAUAUUCCUAGUUGAUUAUCGAAUGAAAUGGAUCCGCGACAGGGUUCUUAAGUUCCUCGGGCUCGGUGGACAGGGGCAUCUCUUCGACGAACUCAUUAGCGCGAACAAUCGGUAUUUCGAGGACAAGCUGCUCAACUUUCUCAUACUCGACCUGUACGGCGUGACCAGCCUGGAGAAGAAGCUGAUCUUCUUCUACAAGACUUACGUCAGCGAAGUAGUUCACGAGGAGGUCUCGGUGUGGGAGGAAAGUAAGCGAACGCAUUGUUACGGAGGGAAUUUUGAGAUGACCGAAACGAGUGAUAAUCGGAUGGUGCCAGAUCAGGUGAAUAUGGUAAAUGCGGUAGCAAAUCCCAUUCAAGCUAACAGCUUUUGGCGAGUCAUUAAACUUGUGUCAGGAAAGGUCGAGAAACUCGAUGACAACGCUAAGAAGAAGGACAAGAAGCCGGCGAAGAAGGUCAAGAAGGUUAAAGGCAACAAGGCGGACGUCAGCCCAGCUUCUAGUUUGGCGAUGAGUCCCAACACACUACAGGCGUCCAGCGUUCAAGUAUCCAGCGAGGAUGACGGCAAGGAAGAGGACGACGAAGACCGAGAGCAGGACGAAGGUGGCGAGCCUCCGAAAAAGAGGGAGCAGUCGAAGAGUGCGCUCGCCGAUAGCUCCGACUUUGUCCCACCGGCCGGAGAAGAGGAUAAAUAUGUGCUGACUAAGAAAAUGGUAGAGAAAGUCCGCAAGGUACCGACGAUUCACAUGAUAUGCGGCGAGGUAGACGGCAGCAGGACCGACCUGCGCGAUGUCACUCUCUUCUAUUUCAUGCGCACCACCGACGAGGGUAUACCCUCCUUCGAUACCUACGAGGAGUGUCUCGAUGAUAUCACGAGUUACCUAGUGGUCGGGUCCCUUGACAGCAGAUUCUUGGCCUCGUUGGACAGGAUGCUGACUGACAUAUUCAAGCCGCUGGUGGAGAAGCAAUUCAGGGGACCGGAUUUUUACGAACGAUGGAAGGUGGAAAAAGAAGCGGAGCCGGUUAUCGAGAAAACGAUAUUCGCAUUGGAGACCAUAGAAUCUCGAGUAUAUAAAUCACCAUUUGACUUUAACAAUCGUGACGGUAGAUUUGCAUUAACAACAAGCAGACAGGACGAAGAAGACGGUAUGACCUCUGCGUCCAGUUUGCAGGACGAGGCUGCGAGAAGCAGAAGGUCCAAGUCGAGCUUGAGAGGAAGCGGCAAGAAGUCGUCGUCCGAUAUAAAGUCUAGCAGAUCGGCCGAUACUUUCAAAGAAACGGCGAGGGACCGUCAGAACAAGAAGGAUAUUUUAAAUUAUCUUGACAAUUUGAUCGCGAGCGUAGAGUGGACGCUAGAGCACGUCGAAGGCGAUAUUUUACUGACCAUGCCGACCAUUCCAGAGCUGCAGGAUCCGGCGAUAACGGACGAUAUGCUGCUGAAGAAUAAAGAUAUCGUCCAGCAGAUGGAAGAAUUGGUCAUAUCGUGGGAGAAACACAUACAGAAAGUGAUAGAAUCGUACACGAGCAAGAUGCUUCCGGAGAAGGGACCGAUGGUGGAUUACGAAUACUGGCUGGAUUGCGAGACCAGAUUGACGAUGCUGGUGGAACAGUUGAAAAUGCCGGCCGUCAAGAGGAUCCUCGCGCUCCUCGAGCAGAUAUUGUCGCCGAUCGCCUCAAGCUUCCAGUAUUACCAGAUGGAACUGUGGAAGCAGUACGUCGAGGCUCAGGAUAGCAAUAAAUUCAUGCACACGCUGUUGAGACACUUCAAGCUGGUUACCGAAUCGGACUCGUUCGAGUCUAUAGCGGAGUGCAUGCCUUCGCUGACGGAGGGUCUGCGGAUGCUUUGGGUGUUGUCCAGCUACUAUUCCUCCGAGGAGAGACUGACGUCGUUGAUGAGCAGGAUCUCGUGGCAGCUCUGCCAGAACAUCAGAAGGAACCUGGCGAUCGUCACGUUAUUCAAAAAGCCAUUGGAAGUGGUGUUGGAGAAGACUAGCUGGGCCAGCAAGAUGAUGAGGCAAUGGAAGCGAUCUUACUUGAAGACCCGAUCGGACAUCGAGCAGCUGGGAAAGGGGACUCGUUGGGAAUUCGAUCAGAAACGUCUGUUCGAGGCCACCGAGUAUAUCGCCGAUGUAUGUGGCGAGCUCCACAAGAUCGCCAGCGUCCUGCAAGAUUUUUACAACAUCUUCGGGGCGGACCUCAAGUCCAUCAUCGACGACCCAGCGCAGAUCGACACGGUGGUGAAGCGGGUGGACGCGCUGGUGGUGCCGAUCGAGCAAGCGGACUUCGACGUCUUCAAUGUGUUCAACAAGGAGAACUGGGAGGCUAUGACAGCGUGGUUCUACGAGGAGGUGUCGUUCCUCGAGGACCAGGCCAAGUUCUACAUCGACGAGUGCUUCACUGUACUGAUCAGCGCCGAGGGCGCGCUCGAAAUGCUGCUCAAGUUUAAGAACAUGAAGACCCGCGCCGCUAUUCAGCAGCAAUUGCUGAAGAAAUUCAAUAUGAUCAUACAGCAGUUCAGUAAGGAGAUCAACACGGUAGAAAUCAUCUAUAAUCGGAAUAAACGGCACCCACCGUUGCUGACGUAUCAUCCGCCGAUGGCGGGCGCGAUCUUCUGGGUGAGGCAGCUCUUUCACAGGCUGCACAGGCCGGUGCUGAUCUUCCAACAGAUCCGUGAACUGAAGCACAGCGAACUGAAGCUGCUGGCGUUCAGCAAGUACCUCGACAUUGCGAAUCAGUUGAAGGACUUUGAGGAGGCCAAGUUCAACGCGUGGCUUGACAAUGCGCUGCUGAUGGUCACCGCCACCAUGAAGAAGAGUGUACUGAGAAUAGUGCACGUCGAACGCGACUCUCCAGUCACUCUGACCUUCCCGGAGGAGCUGCAACCUAUGAAGGAGCUGCAGUUAACUCACUUGAUUUCAAAGAAACACAAAGAAACGGGCACGAUCCCGUCGACUCCGCAAGAAUCGCUCAAAUACAACGCUGUCAUAUCAAAGCCAAGCGUGGAUACACCUUCCGACGUUGCAGGUUCUAGAACCAUGCCUGUAAACGCACAACUGCAGCCGGAAGCGAGAAUCGAAGCCAAAGGAGUCCCUCGUAAGGACCAAAAAGGCUCCACCACCGUGUCCUCGGAGAAGCACGACGCACGUACGAAGAUCAGCUGGACGGACUUCAUGAGCGGCACCAUUCUGGUGGAGUGUCAGUUGCGUUUCCAGCUGAAUUUCGACCUGGAGGUCUUCGAGGUUAUAAGAGAAGCGGAACUGAUGGAGCAGCUGGGCUUCAAGCUGCCCACGGCCUUCAGGGACGUCGGUGUCCAGAAAAACCGACUGAGAGCGGACAUCGACGUCACCGAGAAAAUGGUCAAUCAGUACAACAGCGUCGUGGACGCGUUAGAGAAGAGUGAUAUACAAUUGCUGAAGCAGACUCUGCAAGAUAUCGAGAGACAUCUUCAACCGGGGGUAACGCGCUUCAACUGGAACUCCUUGAGCAUCUCCGAUUACGCGUCUAUCUGCGGCAAGAUGCUGAAGAACUUGAACUCCAUCGUCGAGCAAGUCAAUCAGAUGAAGCGAGACCUCGACAGCCGAAUAGAGUCCGAAUUGCAGUCGUACCAUCUAUUCUCCACGAAGAAAGAGGCCGCUGAGGCGGAAGAUCUCUUGCCGUGCAAGCUUUACUUUAUAGAAGUUAAAAACCGGCGGUCCGAGUUGGUAUCGUCGAUGUCGAAAGCAUACAAAUCGAUCAGCCCGAUGCUCAUGAAGUUGGAAAGCCUAGUGUUGGGUACUUCAACUGGAAAAAGUUCAGACAUGCAACUCUUGUAUGAAAAAUAUGAGAAAAAAAUCUUCGCCGCCUUUAUAAUGUGCAUGAUAAGGAACAUGGAAGUUCUGGACAAAAUGCUAAACAGGAGCAAACCGAUUUUCCAAAUUGACGCGGUACUAAUGGCGUCCAAAGUGGUAUUACGUCCAUCGUCCAGCGAGAUCUACAGCAUCAUUUGUCAUGACGUGCGAGAUCUGCUGGAAAGACUGAAGGUAUUCUCCCGAUGGAUGAAUGGAACCUGCUUGGAGUGUGAGCCGCAGAAAAAGGAGCUCUCAGAGGACUUGGUCGUCUUCAGUUUCUUUGAGGACGUGAUGAGCGUUCAAGUAGUUAACGAGCUCGUCAAGCUGGUUCAAGAUACGGCGUACAAACUGUCGAUGGAUUGCUGGCGAUAUCUGUAUAGGUGGAAGAAGUACAGCAAUCUGUGGUCGUUCGAUAAGAAUCUGGUCUGCGAGAAGUUCGCGGCGACGAAGCCCACGCUUCCGCAGUACGACGAAAAGUUCACAUUCUACGAAGGCAUUUUGGAGGAACUCGAGGACAUGGAACUUCACUUCGACCUGAACAGUAUACGCAUCAACCUGAAGCCGCUCUUGUCCGACAUCAAGCGUCACGCGAACGAGUGGAAGCAAAUUCUGGGGAAUUACCUUAUAUCCGACACCGUACAGGAGAUGAACCAGUUGAAGACACGAAUUGAGAACUUCCAGAGCGAGAUCGAGUUGGUGAUCACCGGCCUGGAUCGUUACACGCUGAUCAUGCAGACGAUCGCCGACGUGAAGAGAGUAGCCAUCCAAACUGAGGUGCUAUAUCUCUCUUACCAGGAAUGCUUUCAAACCAUGCGCACCCACGGAAUCGAGUUUUCCGCGGCGGACGAGGCGAUGGCGUACAAGCUGCAGCACGACUGGGAAGCGUUGUACCUCGAAGCGCUCUACAGGGCAUCGACCUUGGAGAGCACCAGCGACAAAUUCUGUGAGAUGACCGAGGAUCAAAUUCGCCGGCUGCUAGACGAAAUGGCGAAUUUCGCCGAGGAUUUCGAGGAGCACGGCCCGGGAAGUGUCGGCGACAAUUUGCAGCUCGGACUGAAGAAAAUGGAGGAAUACGGCAAGCUGAUCGAUCAGUACGAGGAGAAACGCGCGACCCUGGCAAAGUCUGAGAUGCUGUUCGACCUGCCACCCGUGGAUUAUUCAGUCUUCCUCAAGGUCAAGAAAGACUACGAGAAUAUGGAGAUCCUAUACGAUCUGUAUAAGCAGCAGAAAAACGAACGAGAGGUCUGGGCGGAGACCCUCUGGGUGAACUUGAAUCCUCAACAGCUCAUCGAUGGCAUGGAGCACUACAUAAAGGAAUUCCGACGCCUGCCGAAGUUCAUCAGAAUGAUAAACGUCGGACAAGCCUUGGACGCCGAAAUGAGGAACUUCCGGAAUUCGGUGCCGCUGUUCAUCGAACUGAAGAACGAGGCAAUGCGAGACAGACAUUGGCAGAAACUAAUGAAACAGACUGGGCAAUACUUCGAUAUGGACCCAGACAGAUUUACCUUAAAAAACAUGUUCGCCAUGGAGCUGGGCAAGUACCAAGAGAUUGCGCAAGGUAUCGUGAUGAACGCCGUGAGGGAACUUGCGAUCGAAAGAGGCGUAAAAGAAUUAAUGGAUGUGUGGAAAUCCACGGAAUUUAACGUGAUCAAGCACUAUAAAGGCACGGAAGAUCGCGGCUUCAUACUUGGGCCACUCGACGAAUUGAACAUAAUACUAGAAGACAAUAUGUUGAACGUGCACAGCAUGGCAGCCUCCCAAUUUAUCGGACCGUUCCUUGGCGCCGUCCAGAAAUGGGAACAAACGAUGCACACGAUUUCCGAGGUACUGGAGGUGUGGGUGGACUUUCAACGGAAAUGGCUAUACCUCGAGGGCAUCUUCGUAAGCAGCGAUAUCCGCCUUCAGUUAUCAGACGAAACAAAAAGGUUCGAUGACAUCGAUAAAAUCUUCAGGCACAUUAUGAAUGACACGUCGAAGAGACUCAAUGUGCUGGAAUGUUGCACGAUUCAAGGCCGGAAGGAAGAAUUCGAGGCCAUGAUCGUGGCCCUCGACAAGUGCCAAAAAUCUUUGACGGAAUACUUGAACAAUAAACGCGCCGUGUUUCCACGAUUCAACUUUAUUAGCGACGAUGAGUUACUGAACAUUCUUGGCAGUAGCAAAAUUACCGCCAUCCAAGAACAUGUAGGAAAGAUGUUCGACAAUCUUGACAAGUUUAAGUUCGCAUCGAGCAACACUGAUAGAAUGUUCGUGACGGCUCUUAUAUCCUGCGAGAGGGAAAUUAUGGAAUUCAGGAAUCCCGUGAGUACGGAAGGCAAUGUUGAAGUCUGGAUGGGCUCUGCUCUCGAGGAGAUGAAGAGGUCGAAUCGAUAUUUGACGAAGAAGGCGGUCUAUGAUUAUGGCAAGAUGCAACUGCCAAGGACAAAAUGGAUACUCGAGUUUCAAGGAACGAUGGUCCUCGCGGCCAAUCAAAUAUGGUGGACCGCGGAGGUCGAAAAUGUUUUCGAAAAGAUAUCUCAAGGAAAUAAACGCGCGAUGAAAGAGUAUUUGCAACAACUCAAUUAUCAAUUGAACGAACUGGUGACGCUGAUGGGCAGCGCUACACUUACAAGCAGGGACAGGAAAAAAAAAUUGAUUAUAUAUUCACAACACCCUCGACGGGCUAUUUUUGUAUAUGCGUGCAGAUUCUACUGGGUUCAUCAUCUGGACAAUGUAUGGAUGAACCAGUGCACAGGCGCCUUUGAGUACGGCUACGAGUACAUGGGUCUUAAUGGUAGAUUAGUAAUUACGCCUCUGACUGACAGGAUAUAUCUCACCAUCACGCAAGCCCUCUCGAUGCACUUGGGCGGUGCGCCGGCUGGUCCCGCUGGAACCGGAAAAACCGAGACGGUCAAGGACUUGGCCAAAGUCCUCGGACUCCUGUGCGUUGUCACCAAUUGCGGAGAAGGAAUGGACUAUAUCGCGAUCGGGAAGACUCUGGGCGGGCUCGCUCAGUGCGGGGCAUGGGGUUGCUUCGACGAGUUCAAUCGCAUCGACAGCUCUGUUCUUUCUGUCAUCUCAACCCAGUUGCAAACUAUACGCUCGGCGCUGCAAGUUAAGGCUCGGAGAUUCACGUUUGAGGGGCAAGACAUUGUGCUGGACUCGAAGGUGGGGAUCUUCAUCACCAUGAAUCCAGGGUACGCCGGUCGUACAGAACUGCCGGAGUCCGUCAAGGCGCUCUUCAGGCCGGUGGUAUGCGUAGUGCCGGACAAUGAGCUGAUCUGCCAGAUCAAGCUCUUCAGCGCCGGCUUCCUCACGGCGAAACUGCUUGCCAAGAAGAUGACGGUCCUUUACAAGCUGGCGAGCGAGCAACUGAGCAAACAAACGCAUUACGAUUUCGGCUUGAGGGCCCUCAAGUCCGUAUUGAACAUGGCUGAUCAGCUGAAGAGAACUUCCGGCGACCUUCCUGAGAACGUCGUGUUGAUGAGAGCGCUCAGGGACAUGAACUUACCGAAAUUUAUAUUCGACGACGUGCCACUCUUCUUGGGCCUGAUCAGGGACCUGUUUCCUGAUUUGGAAGUCCCCAGAGUGCGCUACCCCGACUUUAACGAGGCGGUCGAGACGGUAUUGGCAGAACACGGGUAUACCGUCCUACCUGAGCAAGUGGACAAAGUCGUGCAACUAUACGAAGUGAUGAUGACCAGGCACUCGACGAUGAUCAUCGGUCCCACCGGCGGCGGUAAAACGGUAAUCAUCGAAACGCUGUGCAGGGCGCAGACACGCCUCGACAGGCCCACGAAACUGCACAUUCUGAACCCGAAAGCUUGCACUGUGGUCGAAUUAUAUGGGACGCUGGAACCGACGACGCGCGAUUGGAUCGACGGUCUGCUGAGCAGCAUUUUUCGCGAGGUCAACCGACCGGUGAAUUCCGACCAUGACGAACGCAGAUACAUACUCUUCGACGGCGACGUCGACCCGCUGUGGAUCGAGAACAUGAACUCGGUUAUGGACGACAACAAAUUGUUGACUCUGGCUAAUCGGGAGAGAAUUAAAUUACUGGAUCAUUGCAGCUUGCUCUUCGAGGUGGGCGAUUUGCAGUAUGCUUCGCCCGCCACGGUGUCGCGAGCGGGUAUGGUCUACGUGGACCCGAAGAACCUGGGCUACCAGCCAUACAUGGAUAAGUGGAUGCGAGCAAAGAGCAAAGCCGAUCAAGAUUUCCUUAGUGGAAUGUGCGAAAAGUACGUGCACGGCUCGGUCCAGCUAAUCCUCGCAGGAAUGUUCGGCUCCCAGGUGGUUGAGCCGCUUCGACUGAUUAUACCGCAAACUGCACUUAAUAUGGUGACCCAAUUCUGCUACAUAUUCGACGGCUUGCUGUCGGUGGAACACGAACUGACAAACGACAGACUCAGGGAAGUCAGCCAGGAGGAUGACGCUCUGCUGGAGCCGAAAGUGGCGAAGGAAGAACUCUGGGAGGCGAUGUACGUUCAAGCAUGCUAUUGGUCGUUCGGUGCGUCUAUUGUGGAUAAGGCGCGUGCUAAGUUCGACGAGCACAUGAAGAAAACUUAUAGGCUGUUGCCAACGCAAGACACACCUGCCAAGCCGGCAACCACUAGAAACAUACCGUCGUCGUUUCCGACUAUGUACGACUAUGUGCUGGACGUUAGAAAACAAGUUUGGACGGCGUGGAAGUGGUUGGUACCGGCGUACAUUCAUGAUAGGCAGAAAAACUUCUCGGACAUCUUGGUGCAGACAAUCGACACCUUGCGCACCACGUGGUUCGUGAAAGCUAUGAGCGAGCUGCGAAGACCGGUACUGCUGGUCGGCGAGACCGGCACCUCGAAGACAGCCGUUAUUCACGAGUUUCUAAGAAACUUGAAUCCCGAAAAAUAUGAUCAACUACUAAUAAACUUCUCGUCGAAGACCACCUCGAUGGACGUACAGAGGAAUAUCGAGUCGAACGUGGAGAAAAGAUCGAGGGAGGUGUAUGGACCACCGCCCGGGAUGAAACUGAUAGUCUUCAUCGACGACAUGAACAUGCCAAUCGUGGACACUUAUGGGACCCAGCAGCCCAUUGCGCUUCUCAAACUGCUGUUCGAGCGGGGUGGCUUUUACGAUCGCGGGCGCGAUCUCAGUUGGAAAGUUAUGAAGGACGUUUAUUAUUUAGCGGCCAUGGGAGAAGCCGGUGGCGGCAGAAACGAAGUCGACCCGCGCUUCAUCUCAAUGUUCUCGGUUUACAACGUGACGUUCCCGUCGAGCGAGACCCUCGAUUACAUUUACACGAGCAUCUUGAUGGGUCAUCUGCAAACGUUCUCGACAGAGGUCCAGACUAUCGCGAAGGGACUUGUCCAAUUGACGCUGGAGCUUUACGAGACAGUCAGGAAGGAGCUGCUACCGACGCCGUCCAAGUUCCACUAUAUCUUCAACAUGCGGGAUCUUUCAAGGAUCAUGGCCGGUCUGCUUCAGAGCCACCCCGAUUUCUUCCCGAGCGUGAAGCAAUUCGUUAGGCUCUGGAGAAACGAGCUCACCCGGGUCAUAUGUGAUCGUCUCGUUAGCGUGCAAGAUGAGAAUUUGGUCGUUGAGCAGCUGAAGGAGAAGAUCAGCAAUUAUUGGGAGGAAGAUGCCGAAGUGAUUCAGUACAGCUUGAGAGACCCGAUGCUCUACGGUGACUUCAGAAACGAGGAUGAGCCGAGGUUUUACGAGGAUCUGCUCGAUUACGAGGCGGUUUACAGUUUGUUCUUGGAGAUCUUCGAGGAGUACAAUGAAAGAAGUAUGGUCAAGCUGCACAUGGUGCUCUUCAACGACGCGCUCGAGCAUCUGACGAGGGUGCAUCGAGCACUUCGGAUGCACCGCGGCAACGUGCUGGUCGUCGGCGCGGAUGGCAAUGGCAAGAAGUCGGUGAUCAAAUUAGCGUCCUUCGCCGCCGGCUACCAGCUCUUCCAGAUCACACCGAGCCGUGGCUACAACGAGCCGUCGUUCCGCGAAGACAUGAAGAGUCUGUACAACAUGGUCGGCGUAGAGAACAAGAGGGUCGUGUUUAUGUUUACGUCGGCUCACGUCAUGCACGAGAGCUUCUUGGAGCUGGUGAACAACAUGCUGAUGGCAGGCUUCGUGCCAGCUCUCUUUAAUGACGAUGAGAAGGACGCGAUCAUCAUUUCCUGCAGAGACGCAGCGGUCAGCGCGGGUUUCAAUGUCGGGAAAAAAGGCGUCUGGUCGUACUUUGUUAAGACAUGCAUUGCAAACUUACGGAUAGCCCUGGCGAUGAGCCCGACAGGAGACGUCCUGCGGACGCGAUGUCGCAAUUAUCCCGGUCUGAUCAAUAAUACCACCAUAGACUGGAUGUUCCCGUGGCCACGGCAAGCCCUAGUGGCUGUGGCGAACGUCAUUCUCCGAGACAAUCCGAUAGUGCCGCAGGAAUACAGGGAGACGAUCGUGAGUCACAUGGUGUACGUACACACGUCCGUAUGUCAAUACACAGAGGACUUCGCGACGAAAUUGAGACGGCGGAAUUACGUCACGCCCAGGCAUUUCUUGGACUUCAUCAACACGUACCUGAAUUUGCUGAUAGAAAAGAAAGACUUCAUAAGUUCGCGCUGCGAGCACUUCUCUGAAGGAUUGCAGAAGAUCGCGGAGGCUUCGGUGACUCUGAAAGAAUUGAACGAGACUCUGGCCGUGCAGAAAGUCAAGGUAGCCAACCAGACGAAGAACUGCGAGCAGCUGCUCACAUCGAUCGGCGAGAGCACGGACGUCACGGUGCAAAAGAAAGAGCUGAGCGAGCAGAAGAAGCAGGAGAUCGAGGAGAAGAAGAAGAUAAUCAUCAAGGAAGAGGCGGAGGCCAAGCUAGUGUUGGCAGAAGCUCAACCGGCUCUCGACGCGGCCAAACUCGCGCUAGGCGAACUCGAGAAAGCAGACAUCACCGAGAUAAGGUCCUUCGCCACUCCGCCCGAGCCGGUGCAGGUCGUCUCGGAGUGCGUGAUGAUACUUCGUGGCGUCAAGGACGUAUCCUGGAAAGGAGCGAAAGGCAUGAUGAGCGACCCGGGCUUUCUGAGGAGCUUGCAGGAGAUGAAUUGCGACGAGAUCACUCUGAAACAGCAGCAAGCGGUACGAUCGCACCUGAGGAGGACCGACAAGCUGGAUCAGAUGCAGGCAAUAAGCAAGGCUGGAUACGGCCUCUACAAAUUUGUACUGGCCGUGCUCGACUACUGCGCCGUCUACAGAGAGGUAAAGCCGAAGAUAGACAAAGUCCGAGAACUCGAAGAAGAGUCCAAGAAAGCCGAACGCGCCUUGGAGAAGGAGCAACGUGAGCUGAAGCGACUGGAAAAGAUGAUCAACGAACUAAACGUGAAAUACGAGGUGGCGAUGACCGAGCGACAAGAUCUUCAGGAUGAAACAGACUUGCUGCAACGGCGCCUUCUGGCCGCCGAUAAGCUGAUCUCCGGCUUGUCCUCCGAAAACGAACGCUGGCAGAAAGACUUGGAAGUACUGCGCAACGACUUGGAGAAGAUCACGGGAAAUUGCUUGCUCAGCGCGAGCUUCCUCGCUUACAGCGGCCCGUUCUCCUACGAGUUCCGGAACGAAAUGCACAGCGACUGGGAGAGCAGCAUCCUGGAGAAGGAGCUGCCGCUGUCGAAGCCGUACAAGCUCGAGGAGCACUUGAGCAACGACGUUGAGAUCAGCACAUGGAACUCGGAGGGCCUGCCGCCAGACGAGCUCUCCGUACAAAAUGGCAUAUUGACCAUAAAAGCGUCCAGAUUCCCACUUUGCAUCGAUCCUCAGCAACAAGCACUGAAUUGGAUCAAGAAGAAGGAGCAGAAGAAAAACCUGAAGAUCCUCUCUUUUACGGAUACGGACUUUCUCAAGCAAGUGGAAUUGGCGAUUAAGUAUGGUUUGCCGGUGCUCUUUCAAGAUGUCGAGGAGGUCGACCCUAUUCUGGAUAACGUUUUAUCGAAAAAUAUCCAGACUGCUGCCGGGCGAAUGUUUGUCAUUCUCGGUGACAAAGAGGUGGAUUAUGAUCCAAGAUUUCGUAUAUAUCUCAUGACAAAAAUCUCCAACCCACUAUUUGUUCCUGCUGUGUAUGCCAAAGCACUUGUCGUCAAUUAUACGGUUACCACAGCGGGUCUAGAGAAUCAAUUGUUAUCGGUGGUGGUGAGAUUCGAGCGACCGGAUAUCGAGGAGCAACGAGAAACACUGAUCAUAGAAACCAGCGAGAAUAAGAACUUGCUCCAGAAUCUAGAGGACAGUCUCCUACGUGAGAUCGCGUCUGAUCAGGGCAACAUGCUGGACAACAUCGACCUGAUCGAAACCCUGGAGAACAUCAAGUCCAGCGCCAACGAGGUGAUGAGCAAGCUGUUCCUCGCGGAGGUCACCGCGGCGGAUAUAAACAAACUUCGCGAAGGUUACCGUCUGGUAGCGGAACGAGGCGCAAUCAUGUUCUCCGUGCUGGCCGAUAUGGCCACCGUGAACUCCAUGUACCAGUACUCCCUGAUCAGCUAUAUUGAGGUAUUCGUUCACUCGCUGAGGAGAUCGCUGCCGGACCCGGUGCUGGUCAAGCGACUGAAGAACAUCAUUCCGAUGCUGACGAAGAACAUCUACGACUACGGCUGCACCGGUAUAUUCGAGCGGCACAAGCUGCUCUUCUCCUUGCAAAUCUGCAUAAAGAUCGAACAGAGCGUGGGCAACGUGCGACAACAGCAGCUGGACUUCUUCAUCAAGGGUAGCAUGGCCUUGGAGAAGUCGGUCAAGUCGAAUCCUACCAUGUGGCUGCCGCAGACAGGCUGGGAGGACGUUCUCAAGCUAGCGAGCGACUUCCCUGACAAGUUCGAAGCGCUGCCAGAAGAGUUGCGAGACUGCGCAGAAGAUUGGAAGCAGUGGUACGACUCGGACGCGCCGGAGUCGGAGGAGUUUCCGUGCGAGUACGCCGAGCGAUUGACACCUUUCGAGAAGCUGAUGCUGCUCCGUUGCUUCCGCGUGGACCGCGUUUACCGCGGCAUCAUCAACUACAUCACCCAGAUCAUGGGCGAGCAGUACAUCACCCCGCCCCAGGUAAACUUGGACAUGAUCUUCGAGGAGAGUACGCCCACGAUGCCCGUAGUCUUUAUCCUGAGUCCGGGUUCGGAUCCCACUUCCGAUCUGAUGAAGUUGGCCGACCAGUACGGCUGCGGCGGAGGAAGAUUCAAGUAUCUCUCGCUCGGUCAGAGCCAGGAGAAGAUCGCGAUAGACUUAUUGAAAUCGGCGACAGUGAGGGGUCAGUGGUUGAUGUUUCAAAACUGCCACUUGCUACUGCCCUUCAUGAGGAAGCUGGAGAAGAUCUUGAACGACAUGGAAGCCCACCCUGACUUCCGGCUGUGGCUCACCACAGAGCCGAUUCCCAACUUUCCAAUCGACAUACUCCAGCAAUCGCUGAAAGUGGUGAUGGAGCCGCCGAGUGGGCUGAAGCUGAACCUGCAAAACAUGUACUUCAACAUGCGACCGCAGCUCUUGGAAAGUUGCUCUCAUCCUCUUUACAAGCAUCUGAUUUACGUCCUGGCGUUUUAUCACGCGGUUAUCCAGGAGAGGAGAAAGUACGAUAAGAUUGGAUGGAACAUCAAAUACGAUUUCAAUGAGUCGGACUUUAACGUAUGCACUGCCAUCUUGGACAUCUAUUUAACGAAGGCGCUCGCGAUAAAGGAUUCCAGAAUACCGUGGAGCAGCUUUAAAUACCUAAUCGGCGAAGUGAUGUACGGCGGGAGAGUGAUAGACAGCUACGAUCGUCGCGUCUCCCACACAUACAUGAACGAGUACUUCGGUGAUUUUUUGUUCGACGAGUUCCAGCCAUUUCACUUUUACAAGAACGACGUCGUCGAUUAUGUGAUGCCGCCAGAGGGAAAUCGCGACGAUUAUUUGCAGUUUAUCGAGGAGCUUCCGCUGGUCAAUACCCCGGAUGUCUUCGGAUUACAUCCGAACGUCGAGAUCGGGUACUUCACACAGGCGGUUAAGGAAAUGUGGAGGCACCUUGUUGAACUUCAGCCUCAAACAGCGGUGAGCGUUACCGGCAUCAGCAAGGACGAGUACAUCAAUAAUGUAGCGAAGGAGAUCCUGACUAAGAUACCUGCGCCAUACGACAUCAACAAGGUUAAGAAAAACUUCACCGUGGCAGUGACGCCGACCGCGAUUGUGCUCUUUCAAGAAUUGAAGAGAUUCAACAAGUUGAUAAGAACGAUAACGAGGACGCUGAAUCAGCUGAUAAAGGCUAUCGCCGGUGAGAUUGGAAUGAACGAGACGCUGGAGAAUAUUUCCGUGGCGCUUUAUAACGGUAGCCUGCCGAAGGAAUGGGCCAAAUUAGCGCCAGACACGCGGAAGAGCCUCGCCGGCUGGAUGGACCACUUUCAAAAGAGGAUAGUCCAGUACACUAACUGGUCUGGCGCGAACGAACCCAUCGUACUCUGGUUAUCCGGACUACAUAUGCCGGAGACUUAUCUGGCGGCUUUAGUGCAAAUGACCUGUCGUAAGAACAACUGGCCCCUCGAUCGUUCUGUCAUGUACACGGUGAUGUCAAAGUUCACCAAGCCCGACGAUGUGGAAGAAAGGCCUGAUGAGGGCUGUUACGUACACGGAUUGUAUCUGGAAGGCGCUAGAUGGGAUAUGGAGGAGCAUUGCUUGAGGAGAUCUUACCCGAAGGUUCUCAUAGAGGAACUACCGAUAUUGACUAUCAUACCUACCGAAGUUCAUCGAUUAAAGCUACAAAAUACAUUCAAAACUCCAGUAUACACUACAUCCGACCGGCGAAAUGCCCUCGGCGCCGGUCUAGUGUUCGAGGCGGACUUGGCGGUUUCAGAACACAUUUCGCAUUGGGUGCUGCAGGGCGUUUGUUUAGUGUUAAAUACAGAUUGAAGAGUAGUUUCAUUCGGAUAUAGAUAUUCUGUAUUCCUGUUGGUGUGUAGAGAUACAAGUUGGAGGAAGUUUCCCAGACCUCGAAUCACUGCGUUUUACGAUGCAAUUCUGUAUUAAUGCUAUAAUUGCUAACUAUAUUUAUGUCAUAAUUAAUACCACUAAUACUAUUUAUGUCAUAAUUAAUACCACUAAUACAAUAAAUACACAGACAUUCGCGAUAUAAAUAUUUAUUAAAUAUUUAUCCAUGUUAAUAAGCUUUACAUUUGCACUUAAGGGGAUUCUGGGCCCGUCUGUUUUACCAACACAUUGAUUUCAAUCUUUUCAAACACUAUUCUUUUUAUUAGCUCUGCAGAUUGAAAAAUUCUUUUGCACAAUGAAAGUACUUAUAAUAACGAAGUCCGGAAGACAAAGUUUAAUGUAAAAUUCAAUGAAAAACUAAAAAAUUACAGUUUCGUUAUACAUCGGUAUACAUGUUUUGUGUCAGCUCGUAACUUUACUUAUUAAUUAUAAAAGUUCUGUAGUUUAUCCAUGCAAAAGCUUUUGCUUCUGGACUAGCCAUAAUAUGAAAGAAUAAUACUGAAGUAACAGAAAUGAGCUUAGAAGUCAGUGU